AUGGCAGAAAACCCCCCUACUAACCCCUCUAGCUCCGUCGACUCAACUGAAACCCCCUACCGCUACGCCGGCUACGCCAACCGCCUCCGCACCAUCCUCCUCUCCGCCCACCGCUACGUCGCCUACACCUCGGACAUCGGCGAGUCCUUCCGCCCCGUCGCCCACCCCUACCUCGUGCGCUCCGCCUACGCCAUCUCCUGGUCCUACCUGAUCGGCGAUGUCGUCCACGAGGGCUACAAGGCCUACCUGCGCAACCGGCGGGUUCUCGCCCCCCCCUGCGACGCCUACAAGGACGCCUCCAACGUCGCCCUGGGCAUGGUCACCGGCAACCUCUCGGGCCCGCUCACCUCCGCCUCCCCCGCCGCAUCAUCGGCCGUCACGACGGACAAAGAUACCCUCACCCCCUGGCCCACCACCCGCAUCCCGCUGGCUGAAGACUACCGCAUGGUGAUGGCCAAGCGCGCCGUGUUCCAGAGCGUCGCCAGCAUGGGUCUGCCCGCCCUCACCAUCCACUCCGUCGUCAAGUACUCCGGCCGCAUGCUGAAGAACUCCAAGAUGGUGUUUUUCCGCACCUGGGCGCCUAUCGGUCUCGGCCUUAGUGUCGUCCCCUUCCUCCCCUACAUCUUCGACGAGCCCGUCGAGGAGGCCGUCGAGUGGGUCUUCCGCACCGGUCUGCGCGCCUAUGCUGGCGAAGACGCCGUCCGGCCCCUCCCGCAGCCGGCCCACGCCGCCGACGAGGAUGCCACCUCGCUCAGCCAUCUGCUGCAUGUCCAGCGCGAACAGGGGCAUCCGGCGGACGCUACGGCCACCUCCGCCACGCUGUCGUGGGAGGAGUACAAGGAGGAGCGGCGGCGGGCCAAGGAGCAGCGCAGGCACCAGCGCGAAACCGAUGGGCGGGGUGGUAUAUUGGCCAUGUUGGGGCUGGAGAAGAAGAAAAACGAGUAA